GAGAAAAUGCUCUUAAUCAAAAAUUUGAAAAGCCAUAACUCGGAACUUAGGCUGAAUUGGCCACUUUUGUAAGUAUUUUCAUAAAUGGGAAUGAAAGAGCUAUCAUUUAGACCAAAAAAAUAAUUUUCGGAAAAGUUUUCGAUUUCUGGCCCAUAGUGUAUUGAUGUCAUUGUAUGUUAUCAAAUUUUAAUUUUUUGGUUUAUUCAUCAUUACUCUUUAUGCUACAUCAAAUAUUAUUUAUAUAGCGCAAAAGAAGUAACGCUGUGUCAUUCAAACUGAUAAGAGGGAUGAUUGUAGCUCGAUGGAGUUCUUUGAACUUUUUUAUUGCCAUUAAAAGAAUUUUUCAAGGUUAGGCCAGCUCGAAUCGAAGAUUAUAAGCAUUAGUCAUUGCACAAACUUGAAAGAGAUGCGGUUAAAAAUAAAAUAAAAUAAAAUGAAAAAAUCUCACUUCAACACGUGUUAUUUCCGCACGAUGCUUAGCGAGCUUUAAAUUAUGGCAUUACUCAUGUCCCAUCGUACACGCUCAAAACAGAAUUGUAGCCGAGGUAUUGAAAGAAUUUACUAUUAUUACACUUCGAUUGAGCAUUCCAAAAAAUAAAUCUAUUGAAAAUUAGAUUCAAUAAAUAAAUCUCAGUGUGGAUAAUUGCGCAGUCAGGAGGGCAACAAACCCGUAUAGUAAUAAUGUUUAUCGUCAUAAAUAAUUGAGAAUGUCAUGUCAUGACCAUUCAAUUAAUUCUACAUUCCAUUCAUACUUCUCAUGUCUACUCUUUUUCUUUACUAUCUUUUCUUUCAGGUUCCAAUUUAAUUGACCUAUAAUACAUUUUUCUAUCAGUAUGUGUCAUAGUUAAAUUAAUAUACAGAGAAUUUACAUUUAGUGAUUUUAGAGGAGUUGAACACGUAGAAAAUUAAAUUACAUGAAAAAUUCUUAUUAUUAUUGACAUCGAUCAACAAGUUGAGAAUAAAUGGAUACACUUCAAGUAUUUCAAGCGUCCCAAUCAGGUGGCAGUAAACAUUCAUCACGCACACCUUCACCUUCUCGCUAUGUGAUGGAUCAACAACAAUUGUCACGUGAUCGCGAAACAGAAUCAACUUCCGCUGGUGUCAUGACGGUAUCAUCAUCUUCCAAUAUACGUUUUCGUAAUCAAAGUCCGUCCACAACUCAACGGCGUAGUCGAGAGCGUGAAAGAACAGAUCGUGAUAAUAUGAAGGAAAUGAAUCAUUCGAUGAAUCAGAGUACAGACAUCACAGACAUUGAUGAUGAUUCAAGAAUAACUGAAGAGCUAGGAUAUCCAUCGCUUGAUUUGGAUCUUGAAUAUCCAGAUCAAAUUAAUGAUCAUAAUAAACAUUCAACACCGAUGAACCGUCACAACCGUACAAAUAGCUUACAGGCAAUCGAUCGUCUUUCAACUAAAAUUGCAUGCACUAAAGAAAGUAUAAGGAAAGAACAAACAGCUAGAGAUGAAAAUGUAAAUGAGUACCUGAAGCUCGCAGCAAGUGCAGAUAAAACUCAAUUACAGCGAAUUAAGGCGGUAUUUGAAAAGAAGAACCAGAAAAGUGCACACAUUAUAUCGCAAUUACAAAAGAAAUUAGAGUCAUAUAGUAAAAGAUAUAAGGAUUUAGAGCAACAACAAUUUAUGAAAGCACAGCAACAGAUAAAGGAUUAUAAGCAACCCCGCGAAGUGCUGAGAGAUGUGAGUCAAGGUCUCAAAAAUGUUGGCGGAAAUAUUCGUGAUGGAGUGUCAACAGUUAUGUCGAAACCGAGAGAGUUUGCACAUCUAAUCAAAAAUAAAUUUGGAAGCGCCGACAAUAUCAAUCAAAUGUCAUCAAAUCAAGAAGUUCGUGAACACAAUCAUGAGGCAGAUGCAUCAGCAAUUAUUGAAAAUAAUCAACAACAAGGACUACCAAGUUCCAAUAAUUUAAUAGGUGGUAAUAGUAGCGGAAAGUUUAGUGGUGAGCACGAUAGCGAGUGUAGCAGUGUAACAAGUGACUCAGCACAGGGAUUAUUUUUAAAAUGUAAACACACAACUGGAAGUGGAAGCGGGGGAGCAGGGGAUAGUAAUAAGAAAGAUUUAAACCAGUCACAACAAAUUGCUGUGACUAUAAAACACAUCCUCGAUGAAUUGAAGGAGAGAAAAGAAGACUUUGAGAAGCUGAAGCAAAAGGUCGAAAGAUUAGAGGCAACACAAAAAGAAUUAGCAGAUCUCUCGGUAACUCUCGACAGUGAAAGAUAUCGAGCAGAGAGACUUGAAAGUCAAAUUAAUGAUCUCACUGAGCUCCAUCAGACUGAAAUUGAAAAUUUGAAACAAGCGAUGGCUGAUAUGGAGGAGAAAGUUCAGUAUCAAAGUGAUGAACGACUUAGAGACGUUAAUGAAGUCCUCGAAAAUUGCCAAACAAGAAUACAAAAAAUGGAGCAUUUAUCUCAACAACAAUAUGUGACAGUCGAAGGAAUUGACAAUUCAAAUGCAAGAGCAUUAGUUGUAAAAUUAAUUAAUGUAGUUCUAACAGUUCUCCAAGUUAUUUUACUGUUAACGGCAACGGCAGCUGGAAUCUUAAUGCCGUUUCUCAAAACAAGGGUUCGAGUGCUUACAACAGUUAUAUUCAUCUUAUUUAUAAUCUUUAUUGUAAGAGCGUGGCCUGAUGUCCGUGAAACGGGGAUAAUUCUAUUUCAUAAAAUUGUAAAAUAGUUUUAAAAUCAUCACAUUCAUGUAUGUACGCAUGUUAAGAGUCCUUUUUGAAAAUGCUUCAAUUUUAAUAGCAAAAACAAAAUUGUUCAAGAGCUUUUUUUCUUUAAUAAAGUUGUGAGAAUAAAAAUGUUAAACGAGAUAAGCUCUUAAAAAAUUAAGUAUGUUACCGUAAGGUAGUUAUAAUAAGAAAUGAAUGAGGAAGGUAAUUACAGAUUAGAAUUGUUAAAUUGAGCCAUAAACAUUGUGAAUAUUAUUAUUAUUAUAAACGCUUUAGUUCUAUUUUUUUUAAAAAAAAAAUUGGGAUGGAAUGAUGAGUAAUAAAUAAUUGAUAUUACAGCUUGAGUAUAAAAUUAAGUUUUUGUAUACAAUUUAGAGUGAUUUUACGGCAGGUUUUCCGUAUUAUCUCAAUUAAUUACCAGAAAAUAUUUUCUCCUUCAUAUUUAUUUAUUUUUAUUUUUUUUUCGGUUUUUUGAGAUGAUCUCAAUUAGUAGAAGAAGGAAGAGCUGAAUUUCUGUAUCUUAUGAAUAUUUUAGCAAAUCAUUAUUUUUUUAAAAAAUAAAUCAAUACUCGUGCUUUUAUAUACGACAUAUUUUUUAAUAAAAAAAAAGAAUUUAAAUUUAUUAUUUCAAUCUUAUUUUAUUUUAUUUUACUAGCGCAUGUAUUAUGUCUGGAAUAUAUCCCUAACCUUAAUCGGUUUCUGAGGCUUCCUUUGCGGGAACUUCCACAAAAUCAAAAAUCAGAGUUCCAAGACAAGUCGUCUGUGAACAACCUGUCAAGGACGAAUUCAUUCUGGGGUGUAAGUAAAGUUUGACUAUGAUUAGGGGAAGGUACUCUGAAUACCUCUAGAAACUAGCUUAAUUGUUAUUAACACUUCUCUUACUUCUAUUGGACGACAUCAGUGAAUGAUCCCGUGAUUAACGAAAUUGAUUUUAUUUUUACAAUUACCCUGUUUUUUCGUUAUAAGCUAGUAGCUUAGAAGAAUAAAAAAGUGAUUUUUUUGGCUCACUAGUAGCUUAUUAACGAUUAGUAGCUUAGUAAAGAAAUUGAACUUCAAUGAAAAUUUUGAAUUUUUUAACUUAAUUAAAGAAAUUUUGCUAUCUUCUCGAUUUUAUUUCAUUGACAAUGUCAUAAGGCAUUGAAACUGAUACUUAGAAAGUUGAAAAAGAUUAAUUAUACUUUAUUUUUGGUAGUAGCUUAGUAAAGAAUACAAAAAAAUUUCAAGUUCAAAAAAACUUUACUAAGCUAGUAGCUUAGUAACGAGUAGUAGCUUAUAACGAAAAAUCAGGGUAAUGUUUUAAAUUGGAAAACAGAAGGUAAGACUAAAGCGGCUCAAGAAAGAUCUUUUUACAAAAUAACUAGCUGUUUAAAGGUAGGUUAAAUGUAUUCAAUUUUUGUCAUACUGCAAAUUAUUAAAAACUGCGACAAUUUUUCAUCCUAAAACUUUCAAAAUUUAAGCCUUAAAAUCUAAUCAACGAAAUUAAUUUUUUUGACUUCGUUAUUGAUUUGAAAUCUCACGAUUGACUAUCAAUUAGUUUUUGUAAUGAUUAUUUGCAUGCUUAUCUAUUUCUAUAAAGAAAAUUAAAGAAUCACAUUUCAACAUGAAUAAUUUUCAAUUUGAUUUAUUCGACAGAGUUAAUGUUUUUAGUGAAUUAAGGCAGUACAUAAAAUGUGAAAAAAGAAUGUUGAAUAAAAAUAAGACUUAUAUAAUAUAGUAACAAAUAACAAUAACAAUUACAAACUAAGCAUUUUUGAUAUCGAUCGAAGAAACAAAAAAAAUAGACUUCCGCAUGAAUCAAUCUUUUAUUUGUUAAUUAUUGCUGUUGGAAUUAUCUCAUAUUUUUACUUCCUCAUUUUCCUCGAAUUCGUCUUCCUCUUCCUCCAACUCAAUCGCCCACUCAAUAUCAUCACGAUGAUAACGAUAUCCUUCAGCUAAUUUUUCAGCAAAAUCCGAAAUACCUUUGUCAGGUUGACAUGAUGACAUUCCAAGGACAAUUUGUUCCUCAUCAAAAUAAAAUGCCGCAAACUUAAAUUCUUCCAAGUCACCAUCGAUAAAUAUCUCGGAUGUACCUUUGCCAAAACCAGUGUAAGUUAUGCAAUAGCCAAAAAGUAAUGUGAAAAAGUAUGGAACAGUUCUUAAUUCACUUUUUAUGCCUAACAUGUUAAGAGCUGCUAUUUUUCCAUGAUAUUGCGCCACUGCGUAAUGUUCCACUGUUGCACAUUUAUCAUUGUACAUAAAAACAGGGCUACAGGCAAUAUCUCCACCUACAUAAAUAUCAGAAAUGUUUGUCUCAAGAUACGAAUUUGUAGUAAUGGAACCAUUUUCGUUUAAAAUGAUCCCACUGUUACGUAGAAACUCUGUAUUAUAUUCUGAACCAAUUGCUAUUACACAAAUAUCUGCCCAAAUUCUUUUUCCAUCUGACAGCUCGAUGCUUUCUAUUUCGUCAAAGUUACUUAAGAAUUUUUCAAUUUUUGUUUCCAUUAUAAAGUCCACGUUCUUUGAUUCAAAUAAUUUCAUAAUUCUAGUGCCUAUAGCUUCUCCGAAUGAUUGCAUUAAUGGAACCUCACUUCUGCUAACGAUUGUCACUUUCGCAACUUUAUCUACACAAUAAGCCGCAAUUUCUAAUGCAAUAAAGCUCGAUCCAUAAAUUACUAAGUUGCUUGUCGAUUUUAAACUCGAAUUAAUGUUUGCAGCAUCAUCGAAUGUCCUCAGAGUAAAGAUAUUUUUUAAAUUAAUUCCAGGAAUGUCGACUGUUCGAGAUCGAGCACCAGUGGCAAUAUAAAGUUUGUCGUAUUUAAGCUUAUUGCCACAACUUAAUGAAAUUUCCUUUAAUUUUCCAUCAACACCCGUCGAUUCGACAUUUAUCAUUAACUCAAUGUUAUUGUCAUCAUAAAAACUUCGCGGACGUAACUGAACAUCUUCUAUUUUGGUAUCCAAAAAUUUACUGAUUUUAAUUCGAUCGUAAGGCAAAUAAUUCUCUUUACAUAUCAUGAUAAUUCGUCCUUUAAAGCCAUUCUGUCUUAAGGCUUCAGCACAUGUUUGACUACUUGGACCACCACCGAUUAUGAUGAAUAUCUGUGCAUUUUUCGGGUCAAAUCUUGCCAUUGGCAUUGUGACUUUCUCUUUAUCUAAAACUGCCUUUUUAGCUCGUACUUUCACUUGUCUAUCCUCAAUUUUAACUUUAUAGCAUGGAAUAGCAUCAAGACCAGGAAAAUCUUCAAUGUCACCAGUCUUAAGAUUAAAACAUGCACCGUGCCAUGGGCAUCGUAUUCUCUGAUGUCCCAAUGAUCCCAUGACUAAUGGCGCUCCAUAAUGUCCACAUUUAUUUCCAGUUGCAUAAAACUUUCCAUUCUGUUUUAUUAAUAAAAUUGUCUUAUCUUUAUCAAUGACAAAUUCCUUCAUUUCAUUUUCGGCCAAGUCAUUUAUAUCGCAGACAUUCUCUUCAAUAUAAUCUUCACCUAAUGUUUCGUCUUCCUUUAUGAAAGGUUCUGUUGAUUCAAUGUUAAUAC